UAAAGAGUAAAGACUACCUUCAUUCGAGAGUAAACCCCAAAUCCAAUUUCCAAUAGAAGCCAUCGCCGGCGAUCGCGUCAACCAUGACAACGAGUAUGAGCUUUGUCGUCGGCGUCAUCGCAGUUCUCAUGCUCUCACACGCUGCUUAUUCUACUAUUCAAUAUAGGGCUUUGCUCAAGAUCACUGAGGAUGAGUUCUCCGGACCUCCUUUUGAAGUGCUAGUUGAGUUGACAUUAGUAUUGAUUUUGAGUCUGUUUGCCGGAUUAACCGUGCCAGGGAAUUUUCGUUCGAUCCUCCCAGAUUCAGAUGAGAAUAGUUGUUGGUAUGCAGGGUUGUAUCCCUACCUUCGAAUAUGAACUUCAUGAUCUUCAACCAUCGUGGAAAGGCGUUCCCUACAGAAACUGAUUUGAAGCUCAACUGAAAGGAGCAGCCAUCAUUUGUAGUUGUGUAGUAUCCAUUCCAUGGGAUCUUAGAAGUACCCAUGUUGGAUUUAAGUAGACUAUUUAUCAAUCUAAAUUGGUUUUUUGUUUGAUAUUUGAAAAGAUUUUGAAUUCUCCCUUUUUGGUAUUUGAUAUUCAUUGCUUUCUUGAUAGUAGAUUGUUUUUGAGUCUAGCAGUCGGCAUAUGUUGGAGUUAAAUACUUUAUUUUGUGACGAUAUGAAUGGAUGGAUUU